AUGAAAUUAUCACGUCAUAAAUAUAUUCGUCGUAUACUUAAUUAUUAUCGAACACAUUUUAAUAUUGAACUUCCAUUUAUAAUAUUAAUUGAUGGAACAUUUGCAUUUGAAUCACUUCAAUGGAAAAUUCAAAUUGAUGAACAAUUAAAAGGUUAUUUAGAAAAUCAACAAAUUAUUUGUUCAACUACUUUAUGUGCAAUUAAAGAAACAGAAUUAUUAGGUAAUUAUUUUAUCAUUAAAAAAUAA